AUUUUUAACACAAAAAACUUACCAUCAAGAAAACCCAGUUUCUCAUAAUUAGACUAAGUUCCGAUUUUUCUGUCAAAAAAAAACAAACCAAAUCUUGAGAAAGAAAGAUGUUUUACUCACAUAAUCUGCUAGCAAAAAAGGGGCCAUUAGGUACAGUCUGGUGUGCUGCCCAUCUUCAGAACAGGCUCAAGAAAUCUAAUUAUAUCACCAUUAAUAUCCCAUCAACUGUUGAGCAAAUAAUGAAUCCACAAGCCCCAAUUGCGUUGAGAUUGUCCGGUCAUCUACUUCUUGGUGUUGUUCGGAUAUAUUCUAAGAAAGUUGAGUAUCUUCAACAUGACUAUAACGCACUGAGUAUAGAAAUAAGCAAGACGUAUGCAUAUGCAGACAUUAAUCUUCCACAGGAUGCUAAUCAAGCUAAAUUUGAAUCCAUCACUUUGCCUGAUAAUUUUGCUCUUGACUUGAUGGAUAUUGAUAAUUACAACCCAAACGGGUAUCCUGACACUCAUCUUAUGGCCAAUGAAGAAAUUUCAUUAACUGAUCAAACUCCUAUCAGUAUAUCAAAAAGAGGAGAUCAAACUCCUGCUGGAUAUGUUAAGAUUUCUCUUGGUGAGGCAAGUGCACUUCGUACUCCAUCUUUAUCUUUGGAUAACUCAGGGCCUCAUUCGGUUCACGACGAAGAAAUGUCAAUUCACGAAGAAGAAAUCCCCCAUCCUCAUACUCCACGACCAACAAUUGAGGGUUUUCCAGAUCCUGAUGCUAAUAAUCUUCCUAAUGAUGAGGAUAACAGAAGUCCACUUGAACAUCUACGUGAGCCUAAUCACGGGGGUACUCCAAUUCUUCCGAAGAGGGUUGAACCAGACCUUGAAUUGGAGGCUCAGUUCACAAAGAAAAAAUCGCUCAGUCCACUCGAACGUUUACGUGAGCCUAAUCAGGGGGGUACUCCAAUUCUUCCAGAGAGGAUGGAACCAGACAUUGAAUUGGAGGCUCAGUUCGCAAAGGAAAAAUCACUCAGUCCACUUGAACGUUUACGUGAGCCUAAUCAUGGGGGUACUCCAAUUCUUCCAGAGAGGGUGGAACCAGACCUAGAGUUGGAGGCUUUGUUUACAAAGGAAAAAUCUGACAAUUCAUUGACUUUGGAAGAUGUUGUGGAUCAGGGUGUACCUAAACAAACCGGAGUUACCAGAUCACCAGAAUCUGCUCAUUCUGAACAUGAACAUGAACUUGUUCAAGAUAACUCGGUCCCGCCUGUCUCAUACGGGUUGGCACCUUCUCCUCAGCAGUGUGAGCCAGUUGUACCCGAGCAGCCAAGGGUAAAACGGAGAAGGUUGAGAUACGAUAAAGCGACAGUCUUGAGCAAUGAGUUCAUGAAAAAGUCUCUAGAUGAUGCCAGCGACCUGAAACGUAAAAGAAAAGGGGUAUCUUCUCUUUUGGGUGCUUGGAAGUUAAACAAUGCCUAUAAAAAGGAACACGUCCUUUUUGGCCCUAUCAUUGAUGGGUUGGGUGAUAAUCGCCAAAUGUUUGAGGAGGACUACAUUUCUUCAAAACCUGACCUGUUUAACACUGAACAAGCUGAACCCGAUGCAAGGAAAGUUGGACAAUCGGAUGACAUGGAGGGGUCUUCAAACCCGGAUCCGUUUAACACUGAACAACCUGAACCUGAUACUAGUGAAAUUAGACAAUCUGCCGAUGUUGUGGGGUCUUCAAAUCUGUUUAACACUGAACAGGCUGAACCUGAUGCUGCGGAAAUCAGACGUUCUGCUGAUUUUGUGAACCCCAGUGACAAUGAUAUGAUACCAAUAAAUUCUCCAGAUAAUAGAUCAUUCUCUUCUCCACCCCCGGAGGACAAAAACACACCUGCCAUCACUACUGAUGGAGGGUCAAAAUCAUAUCAGACCCAAACUACUGCAGGGACUGAUGUAGGAUUUACUCCGGACCCUACAUCAUCUGUUGGAUCUUUUGUCUCCGAAACUGAAACGCCAUUUCCAUUUCUUCAAAGUCGUCAAGGUUUUGAAAAUAGUGGUGGUUUAUCUGAUAUUCCUGAGGUGGAUGACAAUGAAGAGCUUGCUUGCUUAGAAGAUGACAAUGAGGGUACACCAAGUUUGAGGGGUACCCCUGAUACAGAUUAUUCAUCUGGACGACAAAGACCACCACCAGAAGCUGGCUCAUUGUUACCGAGAACCAAGGCUGUGGCACAACACAUAAAAGAAAAGUCAUCAGCUACCCCUUCUUCCUCGGAGAACUCAGGAUCUGUUAGUAUGAAGAGCAUUUUAGAAGGCAAGACCAGAAAAGUAUGUUCUAGAUUCUUCUUUGAGACACUGGUCUUGAAGAGCUGUGAUCUUGUUGAUGUAAAGCAAGAUGAACCGUAUGGCGAUAUUACCCUGAAGGUCACUCCGAAGCUUUCAAAGCUUCAGAUGUCAAGCUAGAUAACCACCAUUGCUUUCAUUUACAUAUAAAUAUUAGUAGGUAUAAACACAAUAUGUUGAUCGCCUGUAAAGGAAGAGCGACAAUGGCGAUGCUAAGUUCUUGUCUAAAAUUGUUUAAUCUUCUAGUCGUCAAUUCUGCUUUUUUUUUUCUGCUCAAGUUUUAAUGACAAUUUAGUUGACAUCAUCUGGUGUCGGGUCUUUAGGCUGUAGAGUUAGUUAAGCUGGUAAACAUCUAAACUUUAACUUCCAUUGUAAAUGGUGUCACAUAUUUUUGCAGACUGAUCAUAAAAUAUCUGGUAUUAAUGGUGUCA